AAGGGAGUGGCUUGCGAGUCUACUCGUGCAGCGCGCAGAGCUAGAGACAGGGGGUACACGUACACGUACACAAAGUCCUAAACAAGUUACUAGCUAGCUACUUACUCAAUACUGAUACACACCAUGCCAACCCUUGCAGAGAUCAAGGACAAGUUGAAGGGGUACAAGAAUAAGGACAGGACUGCUGAGCAUAUGUUGGAAGUGUUUAGAAACUUUCCACACCUCAAAAUAGCCAAGCCAACAGGCCCCCCAACCUGUGCAGCGGAGGCUAUGUUGAUUGACAAGUGUUUGUCGCUGAAUGGAACCGUCCCUGUGCACAUUAGUGGUCACCAAUACUUCAUCCCAGUGUCAAUACUGGUUCCACAAGACUACCCACGAUCCGCCCCUCAUGCCUACAUAAAGCCCACCCCUGAUAUGGAGCUUGUCAAAUCUGAUAUGGUCAACCAAUAUGGCAGAGUAGAAAUUGAUUUCUUGAAGCAAUGGAACAGGGAAAGCAGUUUGAAUGAUAUGAUCAACAUUCUAUCGAUUGAAUUCGCUGACAAAUGCCCAGUUCAAGGUCGGACAACCCCAACUCGCCAGAUAGCGUACACCCCAUCACCACAACUGCAUCAACAGCAGCCGUACACACCAUCCAAUAGGCCAUUUGGUAACUACCAACAACCCAACCAACCCAACUAUACCGGAAAUUACCAACAACCACCACCCCCACAAGACAGCAUGUACCUGCAACAGCAGCUGGAGACAGAGCGUACCCGAGCUGAGAGGAACCUCUACGACAAACAGAUGCUCUUGAACCAGACUCAAGAUGCCAUGCACCGAGAGCAACAAAGAGCCAUUUCUCUAGAAGAAAAAGUGAAGCAGCUAGAGAGGGAGCUAUCUAGAGCCGAAAGUCUAUUACAGGGAGCUCAACAAGGGCAGAGAGUGGCGGAAGAGAGGGCCAGGGCAGCACAGAGGGGGGUGAUCGACAAAAGUGAACAACAGUACUGGAUUGUAGAUAAAGACGAGAUCAAAACUGAGGCGAAGCAGCUGGGAAGUGGAGGAUGGGCUACAGUGAAGGUGGCAAGAUUUAGACACAUGCAGGUGGCAGCUAAGUACAUGCACCAGUUGAUCAUAUCCGACUACAAUCGAGCGUUGUUUGUGCGAGAAAUGAACAUGGCUGCUCGAAUGAGACACCCCAACAUCGUUCAGUUCAUCGGAGCCUGUAUGGAGGGAGAGGCAGUUAUUCUCACUGAGCUAAUGAUGACUAGUCUAAGAGCACAGUACGGAAAACAGAUGCUCACCUAUCCUCAGAUCAUCUCGAUAAGCGAAGACGUUGCUAAGGGCCUAAAUUAUCUCCACCUGAUGAAACCAGACCCGAUUAUUCACCGAGACAUCAGCAGUGCAAAUGUUCUUCUAGAGCCCUUGAGAGACAACAAAUGGAGAGCGAAAAUCUGCGACUGUGGAUCGGCAAAUUUUGCUCAACUUACGAACACAGCUGGCCCCGGGAAUCCUACGUACGCAGCUCCCGAAUCAGUCACUCCAAAGUUGCAGUCUCCUAAGAUGGAUGUUUUCAGCUAUGGCAUCGUUUUGCUCGAGACAAACACACAGCGGUUUCCCGACACUCGAACAAGAGAGCUUCUGUUCGAUAUGCUUGGACAUCGACAGGAUAUGGUGGGACUAAUCAGAUGGUGUAUCAAGUAUACGCCCAACGAUCGACCAAGCAUGGAGGACGUAUUGGUCGAAUUGGAGAAAAUAGACGAAACCUACAAAUCACGCUAGAUUAAUUUUGUGUCAAUUUGCAUGUGAUACGUAGUUUUUGUUUAUAAUAUAUAUAUAUAUUUAUAUAUAUGAAUCAACAAAAUUAAAUUACUUGAAAAAUUAA